AUGUCCAGCUCCGAAAGCGAUCUGGACGACAUGUCCGACGUUGAGAAAACGGCGCAAGCGGCUGUUAAUGGAGACGGUUCCUCCGAGGAGGAUGCAUCUGGGAGCGAAAACAGCGAGGAAGACAACCAGACUGAGGACAACAAAACGUGGGAAGAUUUGGGGCUCAUCGAUACAAUCGGUAAAGCCUGCCGAGGUUUGAAGUGGAAGGCACCUUCUAAAAUCCAGCGCGAGGCCAUCCCUCUCGCCCUGCAGGGCAAGGACAUCAUCGGUCUGGCGGAGACCGGUUCGGGAAAAACGGGCGCAUUCGCGUUACCCAUCCUACAGUCGCUGCUGGACAACCCGCAGCGUUACUUUGCCGUUGUGUUGACCCCGACUCGCGAGCUCGCGUACCAAAUAUCGGAACAGUUCGAGGCGCUCGGUGCCACGAUCGGUGUCAAAUGCUGCGUAAUCGUCGGUGGCAUGGAUCUAGUAACGCAAGCAAUCCAGCUCGCCCGCAAACCACACAUCAUCAUUGCCACACCUGGCCGACUUGUUGAUCAUCUCGAGAACACGAAGGGCUUCAGUCUGAAGGCGAUCAAGUACCUCGUGAUGGACGAAGCCGAUCGUAUCCUCAACAUGGACUUCGAGGAGGAGGUGAACAAGAUCCUUAAGGUAUUACCACGUGAGCGGCGUACCUACCUCUUCAGUGCCACCAUGACGAAGAAGGUGAAGAAGCUCGAGCGAGCGUCGCUGCGUGACCCGGUGAAGGUGGAGGUAUCGAGCAAGUACCAGACCGUGGAGAAACUGCUGCAGUACUACCUAUUCAUACCGGCCCGGUACAAAAACGUCUACCUCGUACACGUGCUGAACGAGCUGGCCGGAAACAGCUUCAUGAUCUUCUGCAGCACCUGCAACAACACCGUCCGGACGGCGUUGAUGCUGCGAGCCCUCGGACUCGCCGCCGUACCCCUGCACGGACAGAUGUCCCAGAACAAGCGGUUGGCAGCGCUGAACAAGUUCAAGUCGCAGGCUCGCCAGAUCCUCAUCUCGACCGAUGUUGCCUCACGUGGUCUCGACAUCCCGCACGUGGACGUCGUGCUGAACCUGGACAUUCCUAUGCACAGCAAGGACUACAUUCACCGGGUCGGGCGAACAGCCCGUGCUGGCCGCGCCGGACAAGCCAUCACCUUCGUGACGCAGUACGACGUAGAGCUGUACCAGCGGAUUGAGCAUCUGAUCGGCAAGAAGUUGCCCGAGUACAAAUGCGAACAGGACGAGGUUAUGGCGCUACAGGAACGGGUGGCUGAAGCGCAUCGAACUGCACGCGUGGAGCAACAAAACAUCGAGGAGCGAAAGGCGAGUAAAUCGUCCAAGGGCAAGCGGGGCCUCGACGAUUCAGACGAGGAAGACACUGAGCAGUUCAACGGUGUACGCAAGCGGCUGAAACCGGGCAAUCCCAAGAGAGGUGGCAAAGGAGGCAAAAGGCCCAAUAGAAGAUAAGUGUGCUCGAACUCUCGUGCCUGUUAAGUACGCAUCCUUUUACAAUAAAUCUAUC